UAGAGAGCUGGAGGAGGGAGAGUCAAGGAAUCUUAUGGAACCAGUCACUGCUCUAGCGUCACCAGCAGUGGCUGGGAGGAGUUCCAGUGUACAUUUAGAAUCCCACGUACAAUUACUGUAAUAAGUAGAAUUUGUCUCAUAUUGCUGGAUUUGAAAAGGAGAGUUCUUGCAUCACUUUGUCAAACUCAGAGGAUGACAGGACAUAAGAUGGAAACAGAGAGAGGGAAAGUCAUCCGUCUAUGGUUGACUUCUUGACAGAUUUUGGGGUCACACUGUGGUGCAGUGUGCAGUUUUUUUAAUUGGAUUGGUACUUAGCUCUGAUUGAAUAUGAAUAUUCUCCAGAUUUUCCCUUUUUUCGCAAAGGCAACAUCCAAAAAGUGCAACAAGACACCGUUUGCCCAGCAUUCGUCCAAAUUUUUGCUGUUACGCUAUAUGAACGACGAGAUAUUUUCAUGGUAUUCCUCAAUAUGAACCGCUCCGAUUGCAAACCAACGGCAGUAUGUAGUUGAAUGAAAAGUACAACGUUCGACGAUUCAGUCUUAACUUAAAUCGAAGGAUACAACUCCAGUUUGCUCGCUUGGUCGUCGUUUACGGGAACCGCCAUCUUGUUUGUUAUUGGAAGUCUUCUUCGUCCGAGUCGUUUGAGCACCGUCAUUGUCCGCGGCUGCCCCCAAGUGGUAGAGGACAGCGCGCAACACUGAAAGCGUUCGGAGGCGCUGUCAAAAUCAGCUGUGCCCGUGCAUAUGUUGCCGUUUUUUGUUUGGACGUGUUAGCAGAUCCUCGAGGAAGCGCCGACAGAAGUUCCUUUCAAAUCUUCUUAGACACCUUCUGAAGUCACAAGACACGUACAUGUCCACUCGCUGAUGGCGGCACCAAAGAGAGGCGGCGGGAUGCUGCGUGACCUGCAGGUGGCGCUGCAGCUGAAGAUCGACGAGCUGACGGAGCGAGACGCGCUGAUCGACGAAUUGGAGUCGGAACUGGACGCCAAAGAGCUCCUGAUUGGACAUCUGCGGGCCGAGGUGGACCGACAUCGCAGCUUGGCGCCGGGGGCCGACCACACCCCCACCGAGGUGCAAAACGCAGCAGGUGGCGCUGCAAUAAUGACGGCCGCGUCACUGGACGAGCCUCAGCGUACCAAGAGACAGGCCAUCUCUGCUGAACCCAGCGCGCUGGAUCCCACCCAGCUCACUGACGUCACGCUCACCAGCUAUUGCAAGACCAAAGAGUCCAGCGAGUUGAUCCAGAGAGCGCUGAUGGACAACGACUUCAUGAAGCACCUGGAACACGGACAGAUCCUCACCAUCCUGGACUGCAUGCGGCCCACCAGCCUGGACAAAGGAUGCUGCGUCAUCCAGGAGGGCGACGACGGAUCCAGCGUCUACGUUCUCGAGGAGGGCAUGGUGGAGGUGAGCAAAGAAGGCAAAAAGUUGUGUACCAUCGGCCCCGGAAAAGUCUUUGGCGAGCUCGCCAUCUUGUACAACUGCACGCGCACGGCCACGGUGACAGCGCUGACCCACAUCAAGAUGUGGGCCAUCGACCGUCAAGGCUUUCAGACCAUCAUGAUGAGGACCGGCCUCAUCAAGCAUUCCCAAUACACGGACUUCCUACGAAGCGUUCCGUCUUUCCAGACCCUUCCGGAGGACAUUCUUAGCAAGCUGGCCGACAUUCUGGAAGAGACUCACUACAACAACGGCGACUACAUCAUCCGGCAAGGCGCCACGGGCGACACUUUCUUCAUCAUCAGCGAGGGUCAGGUGAACGUUUGGCAGCAGAGUGCCUCCGGCGACGAGCAGGUGCCAGUGAAGACGUUGUCGAAAGGCGACUGGUUCGGCGAGCAGGCGCUGAAAGGGGAAGACGUGCGCACAGCCAGCGUGACGGCAGAGGGCGCCGUCACCUGCCUGGUGGUGGACAGAGAGUCCUUCAAGCAGCUGAUUGGCGGCCUGGAGGAAGGCGACACCAAGCAGAGUGACGACGACCAAAUCCAAUCCAAGCGUCCGGCGGAGGACGACUUCUUCUCCAGCGUGACGCUCGACGACCUCCGCGUUGUCUGCACCUUGGGCAUGGGGGGCUUCAGCCGCGUGGAGCUGGUGCAGCUGAAGAGCAACGCCGGCCGCUCGUUUGCCCUCAAAGUGUUGAAGAAGCGCCACAUCCUAGACACCAGGCAGCAGGAGCACAUCCUGUCGGAGCGCCGCAUCAUGAUGGAGGUCAACAGUCCCUUCAUCAUCAGGUUAUACCGGACCUUCCGGGACUCCAAAUAUUUAUACAUGCUCCUGGAGGUUUGUCUUGGCGGUGAGCUGUGGACGCACUUACGAGACAGUGGCUCAUUUGACGACGGGACCACACGAUUCUACACGGCGUGCGUCAUCGAGGCUCUGGCGGAGCUCCACUGUAAGGGGAUCAUCUACCGGGACCUCAAGCCCGAGAAUAUCAUCCUGGACCACAGAGGCUACGCCAAGCUGGUGGAUUUUGGCUUCGCUAAGAAGGUGGGCCUUGGGAAGAAGACCUGGACCUUCUGCGGAACUCCCGAGUACGUGGCCCCGGAGAUCAUCCUCAACAAAGGGCACGACAGCUCAGCCGACUGCUGGUCCCUCGGGAUUCUGGUCUUUGAGCUUCUCAGCGGAAGUCCGCCGUUUUCCGGCUCGGACCCCAUGAAGACGUACAACAUCAUCUUGAGGGGCAUCAACAUGGUGGAAUUCCCUAAAAAAAUCACCAAGAGUGCCGCCAACCUCAUCAAGAGACUUUGCAGAGACAACCCCUCAGAACGUCUUGGGAACCAGAAGAACGGCGUGAAGGACAUCCAGAAGCACAAGUGGUUUGAGGGCUUCAACUGGGACGGCCUCCGCCAGGGAACCAUGGACUGCCCCUUCGCGCCAAGGGUGGACGGCCCACUCGAUAACAGCAACUUUGACGACUUCCCUCUGGACACGGAGGGCCCGCCCCCUGAUGAGGAGUCAGGCUGGGACCUGGAGUUCUGACAUCGCAUGCAAACAGCGAGCCUGGUCAGUCGCUCUCUCGGU